GGCUGGACAUCUUUCUCGAGCUCGGAGCGACCAUUCUGCCGCAUUUUGUUUAACCUCCAGCCUGCCUCUGAAAAGAUGGUUAGAGUCAGCGUCUUGAAUGAUGCCUUAAAAAGCAUGUACAAUGCUGAAAAGCGUGGAAAGCGCCAAGUGAUGAUUAGACCUUCAUCAAAGGUUAUUAUCAAGUUUCUUCUGGUCAUGCAGAAGCAUGGAUACAUUGGUGAGUUUGAGUACGUUGAUGAUCAUAGGGCUGGAAAAAUAGUCGUUGAACUUAAUGGAAGGUUGAACAAGUGCGGAGUUAUCAGCCCUCGUUUUGAUGUUGGCGUUAAGGAAAUUGAGCCAUGGACGGCUAGAUUGCUUCCUUCUAGGCAGUUUGGCUACAUUGUUCUGACGACUUCUGCGGGCAUCAUGGACCACGAAGAAGCAAGGAGGAAAAAUGUUGGUGGAAAGGUCCUUGGUUUCUUUUACUAGAUACACUCAUACACGUUUCUGGAUUUGUCGUAUUUCUCUUGUUUAGAGUUUUUUGCUAAGAACCCUUCCGGCGAAAGAUUUAGUUUUUAACUUUUAAUUGUGUGGGGAGAGAUAAUUCCAAACCAUUCUAUUUCACAAUUUUUUCCGACACGGUCGUCCUCCGUACGUAUUUUAUUAGUCGAUAUUGCGUGCUUGCUUCUGUUUAUCAUUCAAUAAUGUCAAGUCUGCAUGAAGAAGAAACCAUGGAUGGCGAAUUGUGAUUACCCCAUGGGUUGUAAUAUCUAUAUAAAUCCUCUGCAUCUCGGAUGUUCCCUUCAAAGUUAAUUGGCCGAUUGAAAAAAGAGAUUAUUUAUUA